GCUACUUGCAAAGUAUCAGUUAUGCAAAGAAUUCUGGGAAUGAGGAAUUCUAAUCUGCCCAUGAAGUAUCUGGGAGCAAACCUGCAUAAAGAAAAAUGGCAUCUUUCCUUUGGGGUUCAUCUUCAGAUAGAAAAAGAAUACAUUGGGCAAGAUGGUCAAAGGUUUGCUACCCUACUGAAGAAGGGGGGCUGGGGGUGAGAGCUUUAAAUGAUGUUCAGAAGGCUUUUAGUUUGAAGUUAUGGUGGAAGUGGAAAAACCAUGAUUCUCUUUGGACUGAUUUCAUUAAAGCUAAGUAUCCUAGAGUUCAUAUGAGACCUAAAGUUACAGACUCUACUAUUUGGAGGAGACUUUGUGAGGUUCAUGAAAUUGCUACUGGCCUUAGCUCUAUCAAUGAAUCUGGCUCUUUGCAAUGGGAUCCUGGGAUCAAUGGUGCCUUUUCUUUGACAUCUGCAUACAAUGAAGUUAGAGAGCACAGGAAUAGCUGUGAAACCACUAAUCAUAUCUUCUUUGGGUGUUCUUAUUCAAAGAAAAUUUGGCAGCAUUUCAUGGGAAUUUUUGGAAUUAAUAUGCCUAGUACUUCUUCCAUUAGACAGAUUCUAAUCAUUUGGUGGUUAGAGGCUGAAUCUAAGACUACGACUGACAUAUAAAAACACAAUUUUCCUGGUAUUAUUUGUUGGUUUUUGUGGAAAACAUAUGCUUCUUAUACUUGGGGUGGUGGUUCAGUUCCUGAGUUUGAUCAUCUUAUCACUCAAAUCAAACUUUACACUCAACAAUGAGUUCUCAAACUGGCCCAGCUAAAAAGGAGGAAGGUGGAAAGCUUCUUAAUUCAAGAACGGUUAAUUUCAAGUAGAUUCAAGUUCAACAACUCAGGUAUUCAAUUAAUUAAAUGGAAAAGACCUACUAAAAGUUACAAAUUGAACGUCGAUGCAUCGUUCAUACCUGGAUUAGCAACCGAUGGAGCCAUUCUAAGGAACAAUCUGGCUGAGCUCAUAUGGGCUGCGUGCUUCCAUUUACAAGUGACGUCGAGUGAGGAUGCUGAACUGAAAACGUUGAUGUAUGCUACGGAGAUGGCGAUUGAAGAGGGGCUUACAGAUAUACAGGUGGAGACGGAUGUUGUUCGGUCGCUGGCUAUUCUCUCAGACGGUUCAGGAAACCAUUCUAUGGUUCGAAGGUUCAGGAGAAAAGCGACGGGGAAGGGGUGCUCCUUUGAUCAUGUUUUCAGACAAGGAAAUGGGCCGGCCCAUUUACCGGCGAGUCAAUGUUUCCCUGAAGCCCAAGUCAUCCGUUUUGAUCGUGUGGGUCAAUUACCCAAUCCGGUGAAAUACAGUUACUAUGCUGAUCUAUUUGGUAUCCCUAAUUUGCAUUUAUAAUUAUUUUCUUUAUUCUUCUAUUUUUUUGGGUCAGGUCUAGCCCCCCCCCCCCCCCCCCCCCCAAAAAAAAAUCAUUUACUUUCAUUUGUUUACUUACAAUCAUGUAUUUUUCAGAGGUAUGCCUCUGAUGAGAGAUUUUGGUUUUGUUCCCCUCUCCUUGUACUCUAAUAUAUAUUAAUAAAAUAACGGUAAAUGUCCCCCGGCAUUUCCUCACUGAUUUUGGUGGUUUGCCUUCCGG